CGGAGCUGCAGCAUCCACGGGGCCACGGCGGGACCCGAGUUCCAGCCGGACAGCGGCCGCGCGCGGGCUCGGGCUUUGGUCUCUACAGGCGAAGGCCGCCUGAGGGUCGGAGGCUGAGGGGAACAGCGCUCCCCACGCCCUGGCCGGCCGGGCCCAUCGCCCAGAGGCGCACCCCGCUGAGGCUCAAUAGGGCUCUGUACUAGUUUCGGGGUACUCUCUGCUGCUCAUCCGCUGAGGCACGAGCACACAGUGCCACCGCGGCUCCGGGCGGUCCGGCUACCCUGCGGGCUCUGUCUCCAUCUGAAGAGAAAACCCCGCAGAGCCCGAGUUCGAAGCCGGGCUGUUCUCAGCCGCUGCUGCCUCAGCCCUUCGGAGGCGGAAGUUUAUUGAGUACAGGAGAGGAGAGGCUUUUCCCUAGGAUGCUUCCUACCCGCUCGCACUCGGGGAUCCUGACGCCCGCGAUGCUGAGCCGAGAGCCGAAGGGCUACCUCCGACAGACCGUCCCGGAGGGCGAGCUGGGCGGGAGGACCCAGCCGCUCCGCCGUGACACACAAAGUAGUCGCGGGCCGAAGGGGUGCCGCCGGGGCCAAUCAGAGCGGGAAGACCAGUGAGUGGAGUGCGAACUGGCCAAUCAGAGGGCCGGAAGAUGAGCUUCCCUUGCCGAACUCUUCCCUGUAGCCUGGGGACCAGAUCCCAAGCCUGAGGACUCAGCGGGGUGACUGAGUAGAAAAGCUGCCCUCAAGACAAUUAUUCCUCUCAGCACAGAUAAAUACUAGUAAAUACUUUGGAAACGUAUCUCUGAGUAAACAGGGCCACCCUUUUAUAAGCUAGUAAUCAAAAGACACAGAAAAGACAUUAAAGAGGUCGUAGCCUGCCAAGAAUGCAAUCUACCUAAUAACUCUCAUAAAUUCCCAAUGUUUAUUCUAGAUCAGGAACUGUGUUUCUAAAAUGAAAAGGAUAGUGCUUUUUAAAAAGGAAAAUGUCUGUGCCUCCAGGAGCUUCGCACCCUGAGAAGAUUUUCCGGACCUGUGACUGGGUUAAAGUCUCUUCGAAAUAAAGCACUCUGAGGAAAUCAGAAAAAGGAUAAUACAGUUGCUACUGUGGACAAGAAGAUAGGACCUUGAAUAAUGAUUUUUAUUCAUUGACCACCUCCUGUUUUCUCAUCUGUAAAAUAAAGAAAUUAUUCUAGAUAAGUUAUUAAUUGCUAGUUCUAAAACUAUGAACUUGAUAACAUGAACAGGGACUACAAAAAAAGAAAUAUGAGUUCAAGAUGGCGGAUGCAGAAGUAAUUACAUUCCCAAAGAAGCAUAAGAAGAAAAAAGACCGGAAGCCAUUACAAGAAGAAGAUGUAGCCGAAAUACAACAUGCUGAAGAAUUUCUUAUCAAACCAGAAUCCAAAGUGGCUCAAUUAGACACUUCUCAGUGGCCCUUGUUACUAAAGAAUUUUGAUAAGCUAAAUGUAAGGACAACACACUAUACACCUAUUCCUUGUGGCUCAAAUCCUCUGAAGAGGGAGAUUGGGGACUAUAUCAGGACAGGUUUCAUUAAUCUUGACAAGCCCUCUAACCCCUCUUCCCAUGAGGUGGUAGCCUGGAUCCGACGAAUACUUCGGGUAGAGAAGACUGGCCACAGUGGCACACUAGAUCCCAAAGUGACUGGUUGUUUAAUUGUGUGCAUUGAACGAGCCACUCGUUUGGUGAAAUCAAUAGUAGCCAAAAUAAAGAGGGUGAUUAUGGAAAGAGACACUUAUCCUCGCAAGUGGGGUUUAGGUCCAAAGGCAAGUCAGAAGAAGAUGAUGAUCAAGCAGGGCCUUCUGGACAAGCAUGGCAAACCCACAGACAAUACCCCUGCCACAUGGAAACAGGAUUACAUUGACUAUAGUGAUUCUGGCAAGAACACACUGGUUACCGAAGCAGUACAAGCCCCUCAGUUAGCUGCUGAAGCAGUAAACAUAAAAAGGAAGCGGGAUAGUGAGAGUGAAAGUGAUGAGACCCCUCCAACAGCUCCCCUGCAGAAGGAAAAGAAGAAGAGUAAGAAGGAUAAAAAGCCCAAAACUGUGCUGGAAAGUGGGGGCGAGACUGGAGAGGGGGACAGUGACACCACCAAAAAGAAAAAGAAGAAGAAGAAGAAAGUAAAAGUGGUAAAAGAGAUGUCUGAAUAGUUUAAGCCACUUCUGGAAGCGUUAUGUCCAGCUGGGAAGAGAAAUAAAAGCCUUAUUGAAAAAACUUUGUUGAGGGAGUAGAACAGAGGUCCCAGAGUAGAAAGUUCUGGUACACUUUUAGCUGCCACUUGUGACCUCAGUGGUUAGCUGGUGUGGCCAUCUCAUCCCAUCCUGUCCUGUCUUAAGGAUAUGAGAGAGAAAAUCAGGCCUUUGCCACCAACCCCUCUGCUUGCUUGAGGAAGCCACACCUUUAGACAUGGCAUGGCCUAGUAACUAUCUGCAGCUAUUUACUAAUGAGCAUUUUCAACAAUGCCAUAGAUAGUCCUCUCCUACUUUGCUUUUUAAAAAAGUUUGUAAAAAUUAAAUCUGCUAAAUAAUCUGUGAGAAAAAAAAUGAAAAAAAAAAAACUGUAUUCACCGGGGAACUCUUAUCUCCAGUGUUCUAUGAGGAUUGCUCUAUUCAGGUAUUAACCUUGCCUGGUGGGGUCUAUGGUGUUUAGGCUAGUACUCUGUAUUUUUGUGUACAACAGGAUUUCUCCAACUCUAUAUGGCUACUUGUGUUUCUUAUGGAAGCCAAAGCAUUCCUGUACCUUCCUAUUUGUUUUCUUUUAAAGAAUGGAAUUAUUCAUUGCUGGGAGAAUGUAAUUUGUAGUUUUUUUUUUAAAGUAUUCCUGUUAGAUUUACUAUGAUAAUCUUGGACUGGCAGCAAAAGUGAGAAUAUUUUUAUUAAAAGUCUGGGGUUUAUGUCCUA